UAUUGUGUAUGGCGCCCUCUCGUGACUAACAUUAACAUUAACAUUAAAAUUUAGAAAGACUGCUGCACAGGCGUAGAAAGGAUAUGUUGCUUACACGUUUGCUGCUAAAGAUAAACAGUGAAUGUUACGUUUGAGGACCACAAAGCUGAAGCCCAGACUCCAGUUUGCUUAAAAUAUGAAAGAACAGUCCAGUCCUGAUUCUGAAGAUUCUCCCAUACUGCAUGACGGUGUUUCUGAAACAGUAGAUGACCCACUGGCUAUCGCAGCCAUCCAGUCAGCUGCCACAUUUUCCUCAGAUCAGCAAAUUAAGUAUCAUCUUGUAAAGACGGAAGGAACAGGGGGUCAGGUAACCUACCGCGUGAUCCACGUGGCUGAUGGGCAGGUAGAAGGACAGGCAGAUGGGGCUGCAGCAGUCAGUGUGGUGACUGGGUUUCCCACAGUAACACAGGCAGCAGCGCCGGCUGUAACCCAGGCUGUUAUCGCUCAGUCUGAGAGUCUAGAGGGAGAGACGUCUGAGACUCAAUACUACUAUCCUGCCACCAUCUCUGACACAACUGCAGGCACCAUGGUAACCAAUCUCCACACAGCUGAUCUAUCUCAGCCAACCCCUGCAGGUCAGCUCUAUGUAAUGAUGUCGCCUCAGGACGUUCUCACCACAACACCACAGAGUAAGUCCGGAACACCGCGUGGUUCCAGGGAUGACAAGCGGAGAGCUCAACACAAUGAAGUGGAACGCAGACGCAGAGACAAGAUCAACAACUGGAUUGUCCAGCUUUCCAAAACAAUCCCUGACUGCAAUGUGGAUGCAACCAAGAAUGGUCAAAGUAAAGGUGGGAUCUUGUCCAAGGCAUGUGACUAUAUCCAAGAGCUUCGUCAGAGCAACGCACGACUGGAGGAGGAACUUAAUAGUGUGGAUAGACUGAGGAUGGACAAUCAGCUUCUCAAACAAGAGAUGGAAGAGUGGAAAUCAAAGAAUCAGAUGAUCAGAGCACAGUUAAGACAGCACGGCAUAGUGGCAGCAUCAAUGGACUCUCAGUGAAGAACUGCAGAUCAACUAUAAGCUUCUCCUGCUGUUUUCUUGUCAAUCAUUCUGUUUAUCCAGCUUUAAAAUGACAUGUAAGAAGUCAUUCUUACUGUGGGUGAUCACACUUUUCUUUUUGUCUCCUUCACUGUUCACUUCACAAAGCCUUUGAUUGUUUCAGAUUAUUUUCAGAGUGAUCUGGUAUUUUAACUGCACUGAAAUUGUGUAUAAUUGUCAGAUCUGUAUAUUUGUAGAUCUGUGUCUAAAGAAUCAUUAUACCCUUUUUAGGACUACUGUGAUGUUUCAGGUUUUUUUUUUUUUUAAUUGAAAUGUGUUUACAACUUGGUGACCUUCAUUGUGUUCUUUAAGCAACAUUUUAUUGUUUUAUGUAUAUCUAUUCCAUCAUAAGUUGUUGCUGAAACCAUUUCUUACGCAAUGCCUUGACAAUCAAUCUGGGCCAGAGCACCAGCUAUAAAAGUUUGGUAAUUUAUAUUGCAAUUAUGAAAUGUAGACAUCCCAGUAAAUUUACACGGUGACUUUA